AUGUCCAAAGGCAAGCCUCGUGAUAUCGAGGCCUCUGCCGGCCCAACCUACCACUCUCCGGGUCCUACCCUUCUACCCGGCCCUAUAGCCCAGGCCGUCAGCUUGGCUACACGAUCAACAUCCCUUGCUAUUCGCGUAGGAUCUUUCGUCGGCUGCUACAGUCUCGAUGCUGCCAGAUUUACAACCCUGUCAAGCCUAGGAUUGGCUCGAGGUCUGGUAGAGACAGUCCUGAGUAGAGCCGCCCGGGAUACGAUAUCACUGUCUGCUUCGGAUUUGGGCGUCGACGAAACUGAAACCAUCCUGGAGCGCAGUUUAGAAAGUCUGCACUUUGCCGUCACCCAAAUCGUGUUUUGGACAUCUGCCAGCUUUCGACUAACAGGGACAACAAUAUCAACCGCCUCCGAGGCAUCACAACUUCUGUUAGGAAGUCUCGACAAGCUGUUUGGCUCCACCGAUUCAUCUCGGGCUGUCGCGAGCAUCAUUACUCUUGUUCGAAGGGAAUUCAACAAUCCAGCAACUGGAGUCGGGGGUGAGAAGGUUGGAGUUUCAGACUUGGUAGUGGCCCUCAGCGCUUUGGCCUACUUGCAACAAGCUUCUCGACGAUCAGCAUCUGAAGAGGCCCGGCGACAGGCAUAUGAGGAGGUGAUUUGGGAUGUAGUCGUUCUCAGCGACGGUGAGCGUAUUGACGUGCGCGGCGACGACGACCCCGAACGCCAAUUUACCUCAGGGAGCUACGGUGCUGAUGACCUUGGGAUACGAUAUGGAGCUGGUGAUGAUGACGAGGCUGUCAUGGACCGACUCAAGAGCCAUAUUACCGCUAAUCUUGACCCUGGCACGUCAGUAUCGAUAUCGAACUCUGUAUCUUCAGUUCAGACAAUUACUGUUGACGUCAAAGGGCCGCAAAUGCUGUCACUGCCCACUCCCCCUGGCGCGGAGAUUGUCGAGACUCGGGGGAAUGCAGCUCCAGGGAAUCGUCGAUCGUGGGGGUUCGGCCAGGAAAACGACACAUCUUACACAGUUGUCUACAGAAUUCAAAGAGACAAACUCCGAUCGGCCAUGUUUCGUGGCGAGGAGGAGGAAUCUGGCCCUUCUGUCGUUGAGGUGACAGAUGACGACCCUGCUCUGAAGACUGAACCAAUCUUGAAACUGGAACCGGCACCCAAGUCUCUCAAAAACACAACCACCUCCAAAGGAAAGGAAUUUAAACGUCCAGCCUCGACCCCUUCAAGUACCGUAACUUCUCCACGUACCGCAAGCCACCUAGAUGUUCCCUUAGAAGCAACGAAACCUCGACGCCCGUCUCAAACGCUGGACCUGGAAACAUCAGCAAACCAAAAGAAACAACGAUCGCCACCAAUGGAACCUCCACCCCGUACCUCUUCAGAUAAGAAGCAGACGACAGACUCUAGCAAGCGAUCCAUGCCGAGAAAGAAGGUCGAAACACUCAGUAACGGCAAACAAUCUGACAAGCGACCAGGUCUGAAGCAAGUUUUGAAGGAAAGCAGUCAGUCUCUGUCCAAUAUCUGGAACAAGGACGCUUCUGACACGGAGCCGACUCGAAGCACAAGCAAACAACGGCCACAGUGGAAAGGACCUGGGGCGAUUGCUCCCGAACAACCUAGUAAAUUAAAGUCGCCCACCACCCGAACUCAACCGCAGCAACAACUAGCCCAACGUAACGCUCCAGUUCGACGAGGCCAGACACCAGAUCCCUUUAGCCGGCCGUCAUCACGGGCCAGCUACGUCUCAGUUCACGAACGAAGAAGGGACUCCAUAGUUUCGCUUACCGACGCCUACUCGCGAAACACCACCAGCGGCAUGCGUCCUGCCUCGCCAACCAUACUGAGAACAGACUACUCCACUCAAGAGACGAUAUCGCGAACACCCGGCGAGAUCUAUCCUGUUGGACCGGUGCCCCCGUCACCUCGUGCUAAGAGCCAUCAUCGCCGAUCGGUAUCUUAUGCCCCCAGUUUGUACAGCCUGGCAACAAACGACUCCCAAUCCUCCCUUCUAUUAGCAUCGUACUACCAGAAGAGUGCGUACAAUGCCUCCAAUGCUUUAAAUACAUUGCGAAGGGAAGGUUUUGUCGAUGGAACGUUUCCAGCGGGUCACUUGUUGCAGAACAUUACAAGAUACAUGCGAUAUUCGUCUGCAUCUUACGGCUCCCAGUUCAUGAAACUCUUGGGCAUCUCAAAGGAGCUCCCUGCUGGACGGGUUGGCGACAAGACGCACCAAGAUGUCCGUCAUUUUGUGCACCACACCGAAUCUCACGAUGGAAACAUACUCCUUGCAUCGUUUGUCGACCCGCAAGGAGGUUCUGAUGGCACCGGUUCCACGGGCACAGGAAUACCACUGGUGCACUACAUCUCGCUUGACCACGAGGCCAAGGCUGUCGUUUUGGCAUGUCGAGGAACCUUGGGAUUUGAGGACGUACUUGCCGACCUGACGUGCGACUAUGACAACUUGAUUUGGAGGGGCCGAGCAUACCGGGUGCACAAGGGGGUACAUGCUUCUGCUAGAAGACUCUUAUUCGGCGACGAUGGCCGGGUUCUUGUCACACUAAAGGAAGCAUUGAUUGAGUUUCCAGACUACGGUCUCGUGCUCUGUGGCCAUUCUCUAGGAGGAGGUGUCACGUCCCUCCUUGGUGUCAUGUUGUCAGAACCCAACCCUGACGGUCCCGGCUUCGUCAUCUCAGCUGAACCUCAUUCAAGACUCCUCACACAAGGGCUUGGUGCAGACCACAAGUUCAGCGAGGUUCGACUCCCAAAAUCACGUCGAAUUCAUGUCUACGCCUACGGACCCCCGGGCAUAAUGUCACCAUCUCUGCGCAAAAUCACACGUGGGCUCAUCACCACCGUCGUACACGGCAACGACAUCGUACCCCAUCUGUCUCUCGGGGUUCUGCACGACUUUCAAGGUCUAGCACUCGCGUUCAAGAAGGACGAGAACCAGACUAAAGCAGAGAUAAGGCGUAGGAUGUGGCUAGCCUUUCAGGGCCAUCUUUCCGAUAAAUGGUACCAAAGUACACCGGCUGCGCCAAAGGAACGCGAUGACGAGUGGGUGCUACCGAUGCUUCAGGCGUUGCGGGAUACCAUGAAGGGCAAGAAAUUAGUGCCCCCGGGAGAGGUGUUUUCGGUUGAGUCGACGAGAGUACUGAGAAGAGAUGCGUUUGUGAUGCUGGAAGAGGGCCCGAUUGGAAGGCCGGCGAGACGCGUGGUGCUCAAGUAUAUUAAGGAUGUGGAGGGGCGGUUUGGGGAGAUGCGAUUCGGGACGGGGUUAUUGACGGAUCAUAGUCCGGCGAAAUAUGAGGACGCGCUGAAUAAGCUACGGCUGGGGCUGGUUGAAUGA